AACCCACUAAAACCCUUUAAUUUUUUUUUUUCGACUGAACCCUUCUCCUCCACUGUACACUGAUAGAAAUGAAGCUUACGAAAUCAAUAACCACUGUAAUCACUCGUUUGUCGACUUCUUUAUUAUACUCAACAGCAACACCAUUUCUUGCUGAAAAGGGGUUUAGAAGACACGGCGGCGACCAACUAAAGGAACUGUACCGGCGGAUUUCACCGGUUGGGGAUCCCAAACAGUCGAUUGUUCCAAUUCUUGAUAAAUGGAUUGAUGAAGGACGAACCGUCGAUAAAGAGCAUCUUCAAACUUUUAUCAAAGAACUUCGCAAAUAUAAGCGUUACUCUCAUGCGCUUCAGAUUUCAAUGUGGAUGUCUGACAAAAGAUACCUCGAACUUACUCGGAGGGAUGUCGCUGUUCGCCUGGACUUGAUGUCGAAAGUUCACGGUAUAGAACAGGUUGAGAAAUAUUUUGAUACUAUUACACAACAACUUAAGGGUCUUGAGGUUUAUGGUGCACUUCUCAACUGCUAUGCUUAUGCAAAAUCUGUUGACAAAGCAGAAGCAGUAAUGCAAAAGAUGAGGGAUUUAGGUUUUGCUAAGAUGACUUUAAGUUACAAUGUUAUGCUUAAUCUUUAUAGUCAAACUGGACAAAUUAGGAAAUUCGACGCUCUAAGUCGUGAGAUGGAAGAAAAUGGGAUUGUCUGUGAUGCUUUUACACAUGGGAUUCAGGUAAGUGCAUAUGCAGCUAUUUCUGAUAUUGAGGGAAUGGAGAAAACUAUGACAAGGAUGGAAUCUGAUACAAACAUUGUUCGAGACUGGUGUACAUAUGCUAUUAUGGCUAAUGGGUAUACAAAAGCCGGACUGGUAGACAAGGCAGUAGAAAUGCUGAAGAAAUCUGAGGGACUUAUUACAAGUAAGACGGGAAGUAAAGCAUACGAGUAUCUCCUCACACAGUAUGCUUCGAUUGGGAAAAAAGACGAGGUCCUAAGAAUCUGGAAACUUUAUCAGGAUAAACAUAAGGUUUAUAAUAAGGGGUAUAUCUGCAUGAUUCCCACUCUGUUGAAGUUUGAUGAUUUUGAAAGCGCAGAACAAAUUUUUAUGGAGUGGGAAUCCCAAAAUCAAUACUAUGACAUGCGAAUCCCAAACUUCAUGAUUCGUGCUUAUUCUAGAAAAGGCCUUGUUGAUAAGGCUGAAACAUUUGUUGACAGGGUAAUAUCGAAAGGAGAGGAACCAGAUGGGUAUACGUGGUAUUAUCUAGCGACAGGGUACCUUCAGAAUAAUCAAACACAGAAGGCAGUGGAAACGAUGAAGAAAGCAAUAGCGUUUCGCGGUACUAAGUUGAAGCCGAGUAGUGAAAGUUUGGCAUACUGUCUAGAGUGCUUGAGGGAUCAGGGAGAUUUGGAGAAAGCGGAAGAAUUUGUAAAAUUACUUCUGGAUAAUGACUUGAUUUCUUUAGAGGUUCAGGAACAAUUGUUGAGCGACGUUAAAGCUGUGCGCCUGUGAGAAGCUAAACUCGGAUAAGCUUAGUGCUUUCCGCGAUGAUCAAUUUGCAACACCAACUUGGAAGUCCAAAAUAUUUUACUUCUAUCUCAGAUUCUUUUGGGGGUUAUUUAUAGAUCAGUCAGAGAUGAGGUUGAGGUGUUUGAUUUUUGGUUACAGUUGGAACUAAAGCGUGUUUGGACUUCUAUUCCAAAGGUGAAGUCAAUUUGGCAUUAGAUGAAAGUAUUAAAUGAGACGAAUGUUUUUUUUUCUACUGUGGACUUCUAAAGAUUACCAUUUUGCUUUUCCCUUACAUGUUUCCAACAGUCACGAAUUCUGAUGUCACUCCUGAUCCAAUGAGAUUUCGUGACUACUCUGUCAUUCUAGCUCCUGACAUAGUUCAGUAAAGAUUUUAAUCCUUCUUUGCAAGUACAUGUGCCAAACCAAGCUCACAAGUGAAUGUCUUAAUUAGUGUCAUGUUUAAUGCAACAUGAGAGUUCUAAGUCCUACUGCCAAAUUGAUGGUUGGUUAUGCAGUUCAUUGAUGCAUUCUUGUGCUUUAUGUGCAUUUCCAAUUAUUGAUCAAUGGAUUGAUAAAGGACGUGCUCUUGAUAAAGAUCAUCUUCAACAUUUUAUCAAAGAAUUUCGGAAAUAUAAGCGUUACUCUCAUGCGCUUGAGGUAUUAAACAGAAAUCAUGUUAUAUGUUUUGUGAUUGCGUUAAGUUUGUAGCUUGUUACUUAUUUGGCUAAUUUUUCUCUAAAUUAAUCUCCAAUUCAGUUUUUCAAGUGAAAUUUACCCAUAUUGUGUUUAACAUUUUUUUUCCUCCUUAUUUCUAAAUUUUUGGGUAUUUUUUGUUGUUUGUUUUCAGUUUCUAUUGUUUCUGAUAAAGAAAUUUAUAGUGCACUAAUCGCUCAUGUUGAGCAGCUGCUUUCUAUUGCUUAUAGUUUGGCCUUUUAAUUGUUAGUAUUCCUGUUUAGCGUUUGAUAUUCAAAGAUGUGUUCUGCGAAUCAUAUGAGAAAUUAAUUUUAAGGCUAAUGAUAUUUUGGGUGAUUCUUUGGUUAAAGUACUAAUGGAUUUCUGUUGCUGUGUUAUAAAUCAGUAUAUUGCAUGGAAAUUUUGUGGUCUCUUAUGUUCCGCAUUUCGUUUCCAUAUUCAAAAUGCUCAAACUUUAUAUAUAUAAUCUAUUUUCAUAAAAAAUGUUAUAUUAUUGUUUCUCGUUUCAGCAUUUUCCGUUUUUAACCUCUUUGUUUCCGUGCAACAUAGAUACAUUGUGUUUUCAUUAUAAUUCCCCAGAUUUCAAUGGGGAUGUCUGACAAAAGAUACCUGGAACUUACUUGGAGGGAUGUUGUCGUUCGACUGGACUUGGUGAUGAAAGUUCGUGGCGCAGAACAGGUUGCGAUAUAUUUUGAUACUAUUACACAAGAUUCCAAGGGUGUUGAGGUUUAUGGUGCACUUCUCAACUGGUAUGCUUAUGCAAAAUCUAUAAAAUUACUUUCGGAUAAUGACUUUAUUCCCUUAGAAGUUCAGGAACAAUUGUUGAGUAACAUUAAAGCUGUGCCUGUGAGAAGUUAAACUCAGAUAAGCGUUGUCCUCGAGUUCUUCGGAACCUGACUAAAUCAAGAUUAACCUUGGUGGCUGUUAAAUUUUUUGAUUCAA